GAUGAAAGAAGAAGUUUUAGGUUAAGUUAAAAAACAAUUUCGAAAUGGCCAAUUUAAAGUUUUUUGUACAAAUUCGAAAUCUGAAUUCCCUAUCUGCUGGUAUUACAAAACCCCAUCGUAAUAUCUACAGACGAACUUACCCCACAGUUUUAGUAAAUCCCGAUGGUUCCACUAUCAAUGUUCGGUAUCAGGAACCAAGGAAGAUGAUCAAAUUACCCCUAAAUAUAUGGACCCUAAGCGAAGCCGAAAGAAAAGCAAGACUAGAGGAUCGUAAACCAAAGAAAAAAGUCAAAAUAGUGGAUGACAUAGAGGAUUCUUUCGAUUCCAAGAAAUAUUUGAAAUAUUUAAAAAAGAAAUAGUUUUGUUUAAAUUUCUAAGUGUAGUUAUAAAUUUGAAUAAAUACAGUACAGUAGGUGUAAUGUAAAUUUUUAUAGUGCACGAAAUCAUAUUGAAGAAUUUACUUGGAAAUCGUAAAUUUGUUUAAAACAAUAACA